AUGGAAGAAAUUGGCAUUAUUUUACCUGAAAAGGACGAUCAAGUCCCUGAUACCAAAGGACUUGCAUUUGCGGGCCCACAAACCUUUGAUGAAUUGGAGUCAGAAGAUUUAUAUACAAAAUAUAAGAAAUUACAACGGAUGCUAGAGUUUCUAGAAGUACAAGAAGAAUAUAUAAAGGAUGAACAAAGAAAUUUGAAGAAAGAGUAUCUUCAUGCUCAGGAAGAAGUUAAAAGAAUUCAAUCAGUUCCACUGGUCAUUGGGCAGUUCUUAGAAGCCGUUGAUCAGAAUACAGGAAUAGUUGGCAGUACCACAGGCUCCAAUUAUUAUGUGCGCAUUUUGUCAACAAUAGACAGAGAGCUGCUGAAGCCAUCGGCUUCUGUUGCUUUGCACAAGCACUCAAAUGCAUUGGUUGAUGUGUUGCCUCCUGAGGCAGAUAGUUCCAUCUCCAUGUUACAAGCAGAUGAGAAACCUGACGUUCAGUACUCUGACAUAGGAGGUAUGGAUACACAAAAGCAGGAAAUUCGUGAAGCAGUGGAAUUGCCACUGACUCAUGUGGAAUUAUACCGACAAAUUGGUAUUGAGCCUCCAAGAGGAGUGCUUAUGUAUGGGCCUCCGGGUUGCGGUAAGACCAUGUUGGCAAAAGCUGUGGCUCAUCAUACUACUGCGGCGUUCAUACGCGUUGUGGGAUCCGAGUUCGUGCAGAAGUACCUGGGUGAAGGGCCUCGUAUGGUGCGCGAUGUGUUCCGUCUCGCCAAAGAAAACAGCCCUGCGAUCAUAUUCAUUGACGAAAUAGACGCCAUUGCCACUAAGAGAUUUGACGCACAGACCGGUGCAGAUAGAGAGGUCCAGAGAAUCCUCUUGGAGUUGCUCAAUCAAAUGGAUGGAUUCGACCAAACUACCAAUGUUAAAGUAAUUAUGGCUACCAACCGUGCUGAUACUUUGGAUCCCGCUUUACUCAGGCCUGGUCGCCUUGAUAGGAAAAUCGAAUUCCCUCUUCCUGAUAGGCGUCAGAAGCGCCUGAUUUUCUCGACAAUAACAGCGAAGAUGAACCUUUCUGAGGAGGUGGACCUAGAGGAGUUCGUGGCGCGGCCGGAGCGCGUGUCCGGCGCCGACAUCAACGCCAUCUGCCAGGAGGCCGGCAUGCACGCGGUCAGGGAGAACAGGUACAUCGUGCUACCGAAAGACUUCGAAAAGGGUUACAAAAACAAUAUCAAAAAGGAUGAGUGCGAAUACGAGUUCUAUAAA